GAAAGUUCAAAACUAUGACUUACAAACAGCACUUCAUAUUGCAGUAAGUGAAAACCAAGAACAUAUUGUCACAUUUCUUCUUGAAGAAUGCGACCAAAGAGAUAUAGCUCGAAAUUGUAGAGACAGAUGGAAUACGACUCCAUGGGAAGCCGCGAAGAAUUCAUCACUGCAAAGUGUGUAUUACACAAUUCUGAAGAAUUGCCCAGAUUUGGCAGAAGAAGAAAAUGUUGACACUAAAACAUGUCAAUUGCUAAAUUCUGCUGCAGACAAUGAUUUAGCAGUACUUAAAAGUUUAUUCAAUGAGAAAAUUGACAUGAAUCAAAGAGAUCACGGUGGGAGAACUGCUUUACAUCUAGCAACUUGCAAUGGUCAUAAGGAAGUUGUUGAGUUUCUCAUAGAUGAGGCAAAAGUUGACAUUUCAAUUCCAGACAGAUGGAAUCGACUUCCAGCGAAUGAAAAGACAAGUGCUGAAAUUAAAACCAAAAUUGAACAGUACCACAAAAACAGAAGUGAAAUAACUGAUGUGAAGAUGUCGGCUACAGAAGAUACGUUGGUUCAUGUAAUGCUGGAUUCAUCAAAGGGGAUACUACAUAAACAAACUGAUUUACGGUACCCAUACUUCAAAAUGGAUACCUGUGAUUACCUUGGAAACACUCCAUUGCACGUUGCUGCUAGUAACGGAAAAUUGGAGGAUGUAAAGUAUCUCUUGAAUAAACAAGAUGAAGGAAAAGCUUCGCCAUUUGUUCGAAACAACUCUCGAAAAACACCCCUUGAGUUGGUAAAAGAAAAACUUAAAUUCAUCGGAGAGAAUGAAAUGGAUAGAAAUGAAGAAACAAUCAAAGACAAAUUUGAAGAAAUAAAAAAUCUUAUAGAAAAUGCAAUGUCUCAUGCUGAAACUAAAAAAAUAGAAAAAGAUACUGCAUUUAAAACGCAUAAUAAUAAGAAAAAAAUAUUUCUGUUCCAUAACAGAAUAUUCAAAGGGGAUAUUUUGGCAGUUCGAAGGUUUUUAAAAACAGAUGAUACACUGAUAAAAAAACAUGACUACGAUAACCGGUCUCCAUUACAUAUUGCUGCAGCAGCGGGAGAUACUUACUUGGUGGAAUUUCUCCUUAAACAAGGGGCAGAGAAAAAUAAAAAAGACAGAUACAACUUGACACCUUUGGAUGAAGCCAAAAGGAAUGGAGAUGACAAAAUGAAAAAGAUGUUAAAAGACUAGACCUACCGAUUAACAUAACUCCAUCUUAUCUUAAUAAUAUUUUACCUGAACGGUUCCGUAAUAUACAUGAAUAUAAUACGCGUAAUGCGAAUGAUUUGCAACCUAUUGCAGCUAGAACAACAUUAUACUCUAACUAUUUUCUCUCAUCAACAGUAAAAUCCUGGAACUCGCAGACAAUUGAACUACAAAAUAGUCCGUCCCUUCUCGCCUUCAAAAAUAAUUUUAAGAGUAACCGUGAAAUUAAGCCGUUAUUUUAUUAUUGUGGUUCCAGAUCCGGUCAAAUAUAUCAUGCGAGAAUAAGAAUGAACUGUAGUGGACUCAACAAACACCUCUAUGACAGAAACUUGAUACAAUCCCCGAAGUGUGUUUGUGGAGACCCUGAAACAACGGAACACUAUUUAUCAAAAUGCAAAAUAUUCAAUGUACCUCGCCAAAGACACAUUCACAACCUACAGAUUCCAAUCAAAAUUUCAACUAAUGUCUUACUUUUCGGCUCCGAUAGACUCGCAGUAGAACAAAACAUACUGAUAUUCAAAGCUGUGCAAAACUUUAUUAUAAGUAGCAAUCGAUUCACAUCCACAAUCAAAUAAUUUUAAUUAAUCACUCCUCCUCUAUAUACAAAAUAUUGUUUCAUUCUUUAAUAACACUCUCAUUUUUUCUAAAAACACCUUUCACCCCCUUCCUUUGCUAUAUAUUUUUUUUCUUAUGAAUUUUCCUUUUGUUAUUGUAAUCAUUGACUGUAUUUUGUUACAUAUUUAUUCGUUUGCUAUUCAGCAUGUAUUCAUAGAUUGUAAUCUUAUUUUCGAAUUUAGGGAGACGGAUUUAUAUAAGAGCACUGCUCUU